CCUUCCUGAAAGACAUUUUUCGGGGGUAAUAAACAAAAACAUAAAUUUCUCUAUCAGCAGUUUCCCUAAGAUUUGCAUCACCCAUGCAACCUAAUCGCAUCUAAUUACCAAACGAUGACAGCAACGAAAUCUCGCAGCAAAUACAAACCCCAAUAUUGAGAGGAAGCCCCGAGAAAAUGCGAUGUGGUUGCGAAUCGUGGAAAUAAUCGACCUAACAAGCAGCGCAGAGUAGAUGGAGGACGAGGUGGAGCCAUGAUCCCGUGGGUUCGUGAAAAAUUCGCUGAACGUCGCGCAAGAUGGUUAGCCUCGAGGAAGCGAAAUGACGAUGUGGCGUCAUCGACGUUAGGCGCGACGUCAGGAUCGGCGAUCCCGUCGGGUGCGUCGACAAGUGCAUCGCCGGCUCUGAGCCUGAAUUCAAGUCGUCGAGUCAGCGAAAAACAAAAAUCGUCAGCGACUACGUCAAAAUUAAAAUCUGAAGAAAACACAUCUGCAACACCAACUCCUACAAGUUCAAAGGGUGCUUUUCGAAAAGUUAAGGUUUUCAGUCCAACCGGUAAAUCACAAGUUAUUCAUAUUGCCCUCAAUGCCAAACUGGUUGAAUUGAAAAAUCAAGCAAUCGACAAUUUCCAACAAACACCUGGUUCGCUACCAGUAUUUGCACCUGACGUUCGGCAACUUUAUACCCGAUACCGUUUAGUGCGACCAGAUUCAACGGUGCCGGUGAAUGAAGGUGUUACAUUGGACGAGGCAAAUAUUAGAGACAAUGAGAUAUUUUUGUUAAGCACGAAACGCACAAACCCUUUAAAUAGUACGGACAAUUUGCAUGGACCAACUGAAGAUGAUAUACGUGUGGCGACAAAAGAUAUACCAACAAGCGAUGCAGCACCACCUCGAGUUGAUAUUAAUGAAUUAGUUUUGCAGUCUGAUUUGCAGUUUGAUGUUCGGAAAGUACUGAUUUCCUUGGCCAUGUCGUCCGCAUAUGUUAUCGGAGCUGGGCCUUUUGCGACCCGUUUAAUCUCAAUGUUAAGGCAACGACUUUUAAAUAAACGAAAACACCAAAGUGACACGAUCCAGUGCCUUGUUGAAAUGGGAUUUCCCAGAGAAAAAGUCGUUUAUUCGUUAAAAAUUAAUAAUGGAGUCUAUGCAUCCGCUCUCGAUUGGCUGGUGGAGAAUGAAAACAGCAUAGAGGAAGUUCCUGAAGAUGACACCUCCCAAAUGCCUUCGUCUACUUCGAAGUCUCUCCACGCUGCCAAUGUCGCUGAAAACAUCGAAUCUCUAUUGGAUAUUGUUCGUACUUAUAGUCACCGUGAUGUACCACCGCCGCAGGAAAUGGUUCGAACGCUUGUAGAUAUGGGUUUUACCGAGAAGGAAGUGAUAAAAGCAUUGAAAAUGACACGAAAUAAUCAAUCGGCUGCAUGUGAAUGGCUGUGUGGUAAUCGUAGUACUAGCCUAACGGAAUUACGAGAUGGUCUAUCAAAUGAUUCACCAAUUCUUAAAGCAAUGAUGGAAUCACCUCAGGUUCAAUUGAGUCUUAACAAUCCGAAAAUGUUUAUAGCCUAUCUAUCAAUGUUGGAAAAUCAUAAUGCGUUAAGUAUGUGGCUUGGAGACAAUGAUACCUCAUCGGUUUUAUCGCAUAUUUUACGAAAGUACCAUGAAGAGAAGCACAUUCUAGGCAUUAAUCAAUUUAAUAAUGUUCGAUAAUUACCGGUGGGCAUUUAUUCUUUUCUAGAGUUAAGUAGCAUGUGAGGAACAAAAUUUUGAGAAAAAAUAAAUGCAAGGAAACA